ACCCGAGGGGACUGUAGCCGGGGCGCCUUGUGGCCUAGGCAGGUGCGCCAGGCUGGCUUUGCGGGUUUUGCCUUGGGCGUUCUUCGCAGCGCCGUCCGAGGGCCCCUUCAGCAGAGGCCUGGACUUUGCCGUCGCGCUACGGCCAGCUGCGGCGCCGCGCAGUGGCAUCUAUCUUACUGUGUGUUUUCCGGGCUCGCGAUCUGCCUUCCGGAACCAUGUCAGAAGGAGUGGACUUGAUUGAUAUAUACGCUGACGAGGAAUUCAAUCAGGACCCAGAGUUCAACAAUACAGAUCAGAUUGACCUGUAUGAUGACGUGUUGACAGCCACCUCACAGCCCUCAGACGACAGAAGCAGCAGCACCGAGCCACCUCCUCCUGUUCGCCAGGAGCCGUCGCCCAAGCCCAAUAACAAGACCCCUGCGAUUCUGUAUACCUACAGCGGCCUGCGCAACAGGCGGGCUGCUGUUUACGUGGGCAGCUUCUCCUGGUGGACCACAGACCAGCAGCUGAUCCAGGUUAUUCGCUCUAUAGGAGUCUAUGACGUGGUGGAGCUGAAGUUUGCAGAGAAUCGAGCAAACGGCCAAUCCAAAGGGUAUGCCGAGGUGGUGGUAGCCUCUGAAAACUCUGUCCACAAAUUGUUGGAGCUCCUACCGGGAAAAGUUCUCAAUGGAGAGAAAGUAGACGUGAGGCCAGCCACCAAGCAGAACCUGUCGCAGUUUGAGGCACAGGCUCGGAAACGUGAGUGCGUCCGAGUCCCAAGAGGGGGAAUACCUCCACGGGCUCACUCUCGAGAAUCUAGUGAUUCUGCUGAUGGACGGGCCACACCCUCUGAGAACCUUGUACCCUCAUCUGCCCGUGUGGAUAAGCCCCCUAGUGUGCUGCCCUACUUCAAUCGUCCUCCUUCAGCCCUUCCCCUGAUGGGUCUGCCCCCACCUCCAAUCCCACCCCCACCACCUCUCUCCUCAAGCUUUGGGGUUCCUCCUCCUCCUCCUGGCAUCCACUACCAGCAUCUCAUGCCCCCUCCUCCUCGAUUACCUCCUCAUCUGGCCGUACCUCCCCCUGGGGCCAUCCCACCUGCCCUUCACCUCAAUCCAGCCUUCUUCCCCCCACCAAAUGCUACAGUGGGGCCUCCACCAGAUACAUACAUGAAGGCCUCGGCACCCUAUAACCAUCAUGGCAGCCGAGAUUCGGGCCCUCCGCCCUCCUCAGUGAGUGAAGCAGAAUUUGAAGAGAUCAUGAAGCGAAACAGAGCAAUUUCCAGCAGUGCCAUUUCCAAAGCGGUAUCUGGAGCCAGUGCAGGGGAUUACAGUGACGCUAUUGAGACGCUGCUCACGGCCAUCGCUGUGAUCAAACAGUCCCGGGUUGCCAAUGAUGAGCGCUGCCGUGUCCUCAUCUCCUCUCUUAAGGACUGCCUUCAUGGCAUUGAAGCCAAGUCCUACAGUGUGGGUGCCAGCGGGAGCUCGUCCAGGAAAAGACAUCGGUCCCGAGAGAGGUCACCUAGCAGGUCCCGGGAGAGCAGCAGGCGGCACCGGGACCUGCUUCACAACGAGGAUCGGCAUGAUGAUUAUUUCCAAGAACGGAACCGAGAGCACGAGAGACACCGGGAUAGAGAACGGGACCGGCACCACUGAGGAAGGUGGAAGGAGCCCCGCUCCUGACUGGAGUCUGUUUGGAAGCAAAUGUUUUUUUAAUGGACUUGCAUCUCCUCACCUUGAUCAGGAUUAAAGGACGGAGGCCGCUCCACCCCUCCCCCUUCCUCCACACCCCUAACCCCCUCCAGACACCCAGGGAAUGCCCUCUGCCCUACAGGAUUGAAGACUGCCUGGCAGCCCUCCCAAUCCCACAGCUCCUGUUUGCCAGGGAAAAGAGCCUAAAGACUUUGUGUGGUUGGGGGGGGGGGGCAGACAGGAAGAAAACAUGUCCAGGCCCCUGGUUUCCAUAGAGAAUGGUGCUUUGUUCAAGGAAACACGAGUUUCUGAUUUUCCAGGAGCAGUUCAUCGGUGAGGUUGAUGGGAAGACUUCCUUCUCAAAGAAAACGAAUCCUUCGUUUGGGAUCUAGGAGAGUGACUGGGUGUGCCAAAAUAUGCCCAGGGUCCUGCCCUCAGCACUAGGUUUGAUGGGGCCAAGAGGGUCCAGACCCCUUGCUAACAUACCACUUCUUUGUUUAACUCCUUUACUUUCCCAGUCCUUUGAGGAGGGACCAUGAGGACAGAAAUUUCCUUAUGAAAAGCUUCUCUUAUUCUUGCUUUUCCUUCUUACAUAUUUGACAGUUUAUUUCCCAAACCUCUCAGGGGGCUACACCCUUCCAGCUCCCUGCUGCCCGCCCUCCCUGCGGACUUGCCCUCCUAAGCAGAGAAGGCCCGUGAGGCUGCUCUCUGCUGGGGCCCCGCAGAGCCAGGCACCACCCUCUACCCUCCGCUUGUUCUUGCUCAUGCGCCUCUGGCAGUAACCAGGUCUGCUAGACGGUCCCUUUCCCUGGGGCUUUGCCAUUUCACGUGAAGAGCCCUUCCCCCAAGAAGGCUGCUUCCUUGUUUUAGAGGAAGGUACUGCCAUUGGGAGGGUCAGGCCAGGGGCCUCAGCAGUGAAGUACCCUUGUGAAGUACCAGGACUGGGGAAGGAGGCGAGGUGAGCAGGAUACAACCGAUUUGCAUAGGCUUUUCUUUUUUCAGGUUUGAUGUAAGCGUGGGCUUGCGUGCCCCAGGUACUAGUUUUACUUACUGUGGGAUAACCUGGCACUAGUAGACAGGUAAAAGUCACGAAUUUGGUGUCUUUCCACCUUUUGACUAUUGACUUCAUAGCUCCCCUUGCUCUGCCUGGAGGUACUUUCUUCCUCUGGUAAGGAGCAGGGAGGAAGUGUAGCCUGACUUGAAUGAGCUCAGCGUUCUAAGCAUCGCCACUCUGGGGGCUGUUUUCCACGCAGGCAUAUGGAGUUGCUUUUCCUAUAACAUCUAAAUUGUGAUGUUCUUGUUGCCGAGGGGAGAAGCGGCAGCAGGGUCCUGCGGCACCUGUGGGGCGGUGGGUGCCGUCUGUGCACGCAUCUACAGGGCACGUGACAUCUGACACGGGGAGGGACGUGGCAGCGAGAUGUAGGGCCGUUGGAGACGCUUCUGGCUCAGGGGAGAGACUUGCGUUGGACUGAACCCUUCCUCAUCCCUGCACGUUUCUGGUACAGCCUUCAGUCACUGAGGGAGUCCCCCCAGGGUCGGAGAGGCACAUUCCCUUGGGACAGAGGCUACAGGUCUGUAGCUCCUUUUUCCCCCUGUCCCAAGUCCCAUCCCCACCUCCACUUCAGAACAUGGCACCCUGCCCAGCUGGCUGAGUGUUAAGUGACGUGCUUAUCCGUGAGAGCAGCUCCGGGUGUCUUUUUAAAAUGUAGAGAAAACCAAGUAAGGUGACAGUGUAAGGAAAAGAAAUACAUAGAAUACCAGAAAAGCCGUUUACCCGGAGAAUUUUUUUCUCCCCAUUUUUGUUUUGUUUUUACUCGACACAAUUUUUAGUUUUAUUUCCUGAUAGCAAAAGGAAAAAAAAAAAAAACACCCAGCCCUCAAAAAGGCCAAGGCCCCGUCCCCCUGUUGUCGGUGAUUUGUUUGUCUUUCUGAUAGGUUGAAAUUGUGUAAUAAACUUGAUGACGCUGUCAAUCUUUUAUACUGCAUUGUAUUUUUUUCCUUUUGUAACAAAAGUAUUUUUAAAUAAUAAAUGGGGUGUGAGCUGUU